UGCUGGAGUUCUUGCCUGUAGCUUCGCAGCUGCAGCCCAGCCCGGGGACGGGAUCCGAGCCUCUGUGCGGGAGGCAGCGGCUGCACCACACAGCCCGGAGAGGAGGUCGCGGUGGCCCCCCAACAUGCUGUGCUAUGUGACGAGGCCGGACGCCGUGCUGAUGGAGGUGGAGGUGGAGGCGAAAGCUAACGGCGAAGACUGCCUCAACCAGGUUUGCCGAAGAUUGGGCAUUAUAGAAGUUGAUUAUUUUGGACUGCAAUUUACGGGUAGCAAAGGCGAGAGUUUAUGGUUGAAUCUGAGAAACCGAAUCUCCCAGCAGAUGGAUGGGCUGGCCCCUUACAGACUUAAACUAAAAGUCAAGUUCUUCGUGGAGCCACAUCUCAUCUUACAGGAGCAGACUAGGCAUAUAUUCUUCUUGCAUAUAAAAGAGGAUCUUUUGGCUGGCAAUCUUCAGUGUUCCUCAGAGCAUGCUGUUGAACUCAGUGCACUAUUGGCACAGACAAAAUUUGGUGACUAUAAUCAAAACACCGCUAAGUAUAACUAUGAGGAACUAUGCUCGAAAGAGCUCUCGGGCGCCACCUUAAACAGUAUUACCUCGAAGCACAAGGAGUUGGAAGGGAUGAGUCAGGCUUCAGCUGAAUAUCAAGUUUUGCAGAUUGUAUCAGCAAUGGAAAACUAUGGUGUGGAGUGGCAUUCUGUUAGGGACAGUGAAGGGCAAAAACUGCUCAUUGGUGUAGGACCUGAAGGAAUCUCAAUUUGUAAAGAUGACCUUAGCCCAGUUAACAGGAUAGCAUAUCCUGUUGUUCAGAUGGCAACUCAGUCUGGAAAGAAUGUGUACCUGACGGUCACCAAGGAAUCUGGUAAUAGCAUCGUGCUCCUCUUUAAAAUGGUCAGCACUAGAGCCGCAAGUGGACUUUACCGAGCAAUUACUGAAACGCAUGCUUUUUACAGGUGUGACACAGUUACCAGUGCUGUCAUGAUGCAAUACAGUCGAGACUUAAAGGGACACCUGGCAUCUCUGUUUCUAAAUGAAAACAUUAACCUUGGCAAAAAGUAUGUCUUUGACAUUAAACGAACAUCCAAAGAGGUGUAUGACCAUGCAAGGAGGGCUCUUUAUAAUGCUGGGGUUGUGGACCUUGUUUCAAGGAGUGACCAGAGCCCACCUACUUCUCCCCUGAAGUCUUCAGAGAGUAGCAUGACCUGUGGGAGCUGUGAGGGGCUCAGCUGCCAGCAAAGCAGAGCACUCCAGGAAAAGUUACGGAAGCUCAAGGAAGCCAUGUUGUGCAUGGUGUGCUGUGAAGAAGAGAUAAACUCAACCUUCUGCCCUUGUGGUCAUACUGUGUGCUGUGAAGGUUGUGCUGCCCAGUUACAGUCAUGUCCAGUCUGCAGAUCCCGAAUAGAACAUGUUCAGCAUGUGUAUCUUCCCACCCAUACAAGCCUCCUCAAUCUUACAGUCAUCUGAUGUAUUGUACUGAUGCAUUUACUUUAUAAGCCACAUUUCUACGAACUGCACUAUUAUGAACUAGAAAAAAAUGUGGGAAAAAUGAUGACUCCAACACCUACCUGCAAUGAGGAAUGUUCCCCUGAAGGAAACAUUUCUGAAAACACAACCAUGGUUUAAACCAACUCCAUUUGUGGUAGCCAAGGAAAAAAAGAAAAGCUAUGAAAAUCUCACAUAACUUGACUAUCAUCUUAGGAGCAAACCUAUAAGGAAAAGCAAAUUUUCCUCUUCGGUGAUGGAUAAAGUGAUGCCAGUGCCAAAAAUUGGGCACUUGUAGGGGAUUGAUUAUAUUAUGAAUGAGCGUAUUUACUAUAUCUGAAGAAAAUUUCCUACCCAGAGAGCAGAUUGUUGAAGAAUUGGUUUUAAAGAUUUCUUUUGUUUUCCUUUUAUGUGGUCAUUCCAGACAUUUAUAAUAGGAAUUUUUUUUAUAAGUAUACAUUGUUUUAAUGUCAGUUUUUGCUUUUAUAACUUCUUUGAAUAUAAGGAUUGGAGGGUUAAUUAAUAGAUUCUAAAACCUGUUUUGUGACUUUAAAAAAAAUAAUUGCUGGUUAAGUAUCAGAUUCUAAUCUGCCUGUUAGACAACAGAUGAUUUCAGUGCAGUGUGAGGUAGUUAUUUCUUUUCCUAACAAUACCUCCCUCCCCGCUUCUGUGUUUCAGAAAGGUAGCUUUUCUGAAAAGUAAAAUCCUUAGUUAAGUAGUUUUCUGCUCAUUGUUAACCACUCCUUUGGGUCCUUGGUUUGGUGGAAAGUCCAUUUCUGCUGAUUAAAGGGAGAAUAUUUUGCCUCGAAAGACUAAAUUACACAACUCUAGAGAUAUUUCAUGGUUGGUAUAAACUAUGAUAGUCAUUAUAGUUCUUUCUAGGUAUUUACUCCAGCCUCACUAAGAUGGCGGUUAUUUUUGCUUGAACUAUCAAGCCUUACUUACAAUCUUAUCCUAAGUAUCAUAAGCGUUGUAUAAGCUUUUUUUUUUUUUAAGUGCUUGAGUAUUAACUUUUUGUUGUCCUCUUUUUAAUAUUGGGGGUGCAGGGGCUGUGUUUUUGUCUUUGUCUUCUUAAGCCUACCUUCCACUCCCCAUCUGGGCAUUUUGGACUCUGAUCAACUAGUGGGUUUUUCUAGGACAUAGGGAAACCUAGAUUACCUUCUUGGGUGCAAUACUAGCGAAAUUCAAGCUAGAAAACCACACUGUCACUUUACUGAGAUUUUUCUGAGUAUACUUUUCAUAUUGCCUUAAUGUAGCAGUGAUGUGUUUAUGCAUUUGUUUCUUUGCACAGACAUUUUGUCAAAAUAUUAAAAUUCUACUUUUUUAUGGCACAUUAGCAUAUAAACCUUUAUUGCAAGAGGUAUUUAUUUUUUCACUUGUAAAAAAAUUGUUUCCACAUAAAGAACUCUGUUAUAUCUUAGAUUACAUUUCUGUCUUUUUAUAUUCAGGUUAAUAAAGACUUUAAAGCAAA